AACCAAUCAAGACCCAUCAUCUUCCAGCUAUAUAUAGAAACGCAACCCCGAAUCGAUUUGACUCACUCAGCACCUUCUCAGAUAUUUUGGUCUAUCAUUUCAGCUUCUCAGAGUUUUCCUCUCCGAAUACUACCAAUUUGUUUUAAUGGCGCCAAAGGCCGAGAAGAAGCCCGCCGAGAAGAAGCCGGCGGCCUCGACGGAGGAGAAGAAGGCCGCGGCGGCGGAGAAAGCCCCAGCGGCGGAGAAAAAGCCCAAGGCCGGGAAGAAGUUGUCGAAGGACGCAGCGUCUGGCGACAAGAAGAAGAAGCGGGCGAAGAAGAGCGUCGAGACUUACAAGAUCUACAUCUUCAAGGUCCUGAAGCAGGUGCACCCUGAUAUCGGGAUCUCGAGCAAGGCCAUGGGUAUCAUGAACAGCUUCAUCAACGACAUCUUCGAGAAGCUCGCUCAGGAAGCCUCGCGGCUCGCUCGCUACAACAAGAAGCCCACCAUCACGUCUCGCGAGAUCCAGACGGCCGUCAGGCUUGUUCUGCCUGGCGAGUUGGCUAAGCAUGCGGUGUCCGAGGGUACGAAGGCUGUCACGAAGUUCACGAGUUCUUGAAUCAGAUAGAUCCGUCGAUUAUCAGAUGUGAAGAUGUUUUCCGAAGUUAAUAUUUCUAGGGAUAAGAUUUCAUCAGAUAUGACUGUUUUUAGGGUUUCUUCUUCAUAGUUUUUUUCGGUCGAAUUUUCUCUUGAUUCUGAAUUCGGAUCUGUUAGAUCUGUAUGUUUGCUUUGGAUGAAUACAUCUUUAUAUUUCUGUGAC